AUGAAACAAUCAAAUAAGUUGGAAACGUGGGGAAACGAAACUACAAUGAACCUAACCAACAUUCUUUACCAGAAUAUUCAGGCCUCACCUUACUUCAAGCAACUUUACGAGUUGAAGAAUUAUCAUGAGGUUAUCGAUGAAAUAUAUAACCAUGUCGAGUCUCUUGAACCUUUCCUAAAAGGUACAACUGCUUCCACAGCCUUUUGCUUAUUAUAUAAGCUUUGGACUCUUCGGUUAACAGUAAAGCAAGUCACCGGCCUGAUCGAACAUACUGACUCACCACAUAUUCGGGCGUUGGGAUUCUUGUACCUUCGUUAUGUUUGUAAGCCAGCAAACUUGUGGGAAUGGUUUGAAGAAUAUCUAGAUGAUGAAGAAAAGAUUCAAAUCCAAGGUGGCCCCCGGCCGGUCGUAAUAACAAUUGGUAAAAUGUGUCGUCAGUUAUUGACUGAACAAAAAUGGCUUGGUACCAUUUUACCUCGUAUCCCAGUUCCAAUUGCCCGUGACAUUGAUCAAAAAUUAAAAGAAAGGUCUAGAUCGCAUUCUUUACCAAGGAAUGAGAACCCAGACUGUCUAACGAACAUUCAUCGAGGCGUGAAGAUGAAGAACGAGAUUAUCGGCGUAGUCGCACCCGCAGUCGUAGUGUUGACCGGGGGUCUUCUAGAUCACAUAGGCAUCGUGAUCAUGAAUAUGAUCGUAGGGAACGUGAAAGGCAUAGAGAGAGAGAAAGUGAUCGUGACCACCGUCGUAGCCGUAGCCGCAGCCGUGAACGCCACAGGAGACAUAGAACUUCAAGUCGCGAACGCAAGGAUAGAGAUCACGACCGCCGUGGCAGUUAUGAUGACUUCGAACGGAAAAGGAAGUAUGAAGAUGAUAAAGGAACGGAUCGCAGAAGUAGAAGCCCACGGAAUUAAAUUGCAUUCUAUUGACCUUAG